AUGGAUUUUGUUCCACCCAACAAGCUCGUGAAAAUAAAACCGGAUACGUUGGAGUAUGUCCGCAAACUGUAUAACCUAGACAAACCAGGCAGCAUGAAGGAGGCAGUUAACAUAUUAAACGAAUGGGUCCAAAAGCAGCCACAUUUCAAUAAGAAGGAUUUCAUUACAGCUACUCGUUGUUUGGAGGUCGCAAUCGUCCUAAGCAAGGGAUCGGUAGAACGCGCCAAAACUCAAUUGGACAAAAUGUGCACAAUGAGAACAUUGUAUCCGGAGUUUUUCGGAAUAUUCAACCCAAAAACUGAUUGUCCAGGCCUAUUUGAUAUGUGUCACACAGUUAUUUUACCCAAACUAACGAAAGACCACUACAGGGUAUACGUCACUAAGUUUCUUAAUAGUGAAGAUUAUUUACAACCACUUUAUUACAAGUACCACAUAACCGUGGCAGAAUAUUUGAAAUCUCACGAUUAUUUUUGUGGAGUUGUUAUGAUUGUAGACGUAUCGAUAAGUAACUUUUUAAGUUACAUAAAGAAGACGGAUAUAAUCAUGAUGAAAAAAGCCAUAAAUAUAAGUAUAGACGGUUAUGGAAUAAGGAUCAAAGCGAUUCACGUAAUAUCGGAUUCUAAAUUCUUGGACAACGCAUUGGCAAUAGUUAAACCAAUGCUGAGCGCAAAGAUAGCCAGCCGAAUUCAUGUGCACAACAGUUAUGAGGAGCUUCACAAGAUCAUCCCGAAAGAGAUACUUCCGAAGGACUACGGUGGUGAAGAACGCUCGAUCAAAACCCUUCAAGAAGAAUGGAUUGAAGAGCUUUCAUCGGAAGAACACUUGAGCUACUUAAAAGUAAUGAACGGAGCGACCACUAACGAGAGCUGCAGACAGAAAAGCCAGUUCGCGGAACAAUACGCUGGGAUGCCAGGAACAUUUAGAUUUUUGAGUGUAGAAUAAAGACAAAUAAACCAAAUCUAAAUAAUAUGUCUAAUA